AUGUCCGACGUCACCUCCGACUCGGCGCAGAGCCGCCGCUCGCCGCCGCCGCCGUCGCCGUCGCCGUCGAUGCCGCGCUUCCAGCAGCAGCCGAGCGGGCGCCAGCCGCCCCCGCCCGGCGCUGACCCCUUCGCGUUCGGCGUCGUCGCCUUCAUCGGCAUCUGCUUCGUCCUGAUUUCACUCUCAGUCCCAUCAAGUGUUCUACAUCAAGUUCCUGAAGGACAUGUUGGGGUAUACUGGAGAGGAGGUGCUCUUCUUAAGACAAUCACUCCUCCAGGGUUUCAUCUGAAGCUCCCUUUGAUCACCCAGUAUGAGCCAAUACAGGUUACACUUCAAACAGACCAGGUCAGAGAUAUUCCUUGUGGAACAAAAGGUGGUGUUAUGAUCAGCUUUGACAAGAUAGAGGUUGUAAACCGCCUCCGCAAAGAGUUUGUGCAUGAAACCCUACUCAAUUAUGGUGUGCACUAUGACAAAACAUGGAUAUAUGAUAAAAUUCAUCAUGAGAUUAACCAGUUCUGCAGUGCUCACAGUUUGCAGCAAGUUUACAUUGACAUGUUCGAUCAGAUUGAUGAAACAAUGAAAGAAGCUAUUCAAAGAGACUGUACACGUUAUGCUCCUGGAAUUGAAAUCAUCGGUGUUCGUGUUACGAAGCCAAAUAUACCUGGUAGUAUCAGAAGAAACUUUGAACUUAUGGAGGAGGAGCGUACAAAGGCACUGAUCGCCAUCGAGAAGCAAAAGGUAGCGGAGAAGGAGGCAGAAACACAGAAGAAGAUUGCACUAUCUGAAGCAGAGAAGAACGCACAGGUGAGCAAGAUCCUGAUGGAGCAAAAGCUGAUGGAGAAGGACAGUUCCAAGAGACAGGAGCAGAUUGAUAACGAAAUGUACCUUGCACGAGAGAAAGCACUAGCAGAUGCAAACUACUACAGGAUCUUGAAGGAAGCAGAGGCUAAUAGGCUCAAACUGACACCUGAGUAUCUUGAGCUGAGGUUCAUUGAAUCAAUCGCCAAUAACUCAAAGAUUUUCUUCGGUGAAAAGAUUCCUAACAUGAUCAUGGAUCAAAGGUUGCUCAAGAAUUACCUUGAUGCUGUUCCUCAGAAGGACCAUUAUGAAAUGUAG